UGGCAGCGAGGAGCGGGGGCGGCCCGGUUGCCCGGCACGCGGGCUCCGGAGCGCCGUUCGGCCCCGCCCCCUGCCCACCCCGGAGUCUCGCCCUAGUGGCGGAGGCCGGCGCGGUGCCCCGCGGUCGCGGCACGUGUUCGGCGCGGCGCUGCAGGAUCCCUGUCCCCGCACCGCGGGACCCCGGGGUAGCCCCCCGAGCUCGGCCCGGCCCCACCAGCCGGCGCUCUCCCCAGGAUGGCUCCCCGCGGGCGGAAGCGCGGGGCCCGGCCGGCGGUGCCUGAGGCUGCAGAGCAGGCGGAUGCCCCGCAGAAGCGGCCGCGCGCCCAGGGCCAGGACAGCCCGGGGGGCACCGGCCCCCGCGUCGUCAUCGAGCACUGCAAGAGCUGACGGGUGUUUGGGCGCAACGCGGCGGCGGUGAGCGAGGCCCUGCGCGGGGCCAUGGCCCACCUCCCCGUGGACAUCAACCCCCGGCAGCCGCGCAGGAACAGCUUCGAGGUGUCCCUGGUGAAGGAGGAUGGCAGCACCGUGGAGCUGUGGAGCGGCAUAGGGAAGGGGCCCCCCCGCAAACUGAAGUUCCCCCAGCCAGAGGCCGUGGUGGAAGCGCUGAAGAGCAACUUGGCAUAGAGGUGGCAGCCAGCCAAGCCGGGACCAGCACUCGCAGCAUGAGCACCCAUGAAGAGGCGAGACGAAGUGGGGGGCACUGUCACCCCAGUCCUGUCUCCGAUGCUGCAGCUCUGCUGUGGGCAGCUCUCCCCACGUCCCCCUCGUCCCCCUACUGUUCCCCAAUAAAGCUCAGCAGCCCCACAA